AUGGAGAAAAGUGUUUAUAAAACUAUUAAUGACUUAUCUAGAAGAUUGAAACUACAAUUGAAUAAAUACUCUCAAAAAAUAUUUAUUUAUAAUAUAAAAGGAGAAAAUCAAUAAUUUACAAAAUAAUCAUUCAAAAAUUUUACAGAUUAAUUGAAAUUUAUAAAAUCACAAAUAAUUUUAUUUUUCUUGAAAGAGAAUCUAAUGAUUAAAGUCCAUAAUUAUUUUUUAAGUAUUAGACACUGAUGAAGGAUAAAUUAAAUUAAAGAAGGGAACAGCAAAAAGAGGGAUAGCAAUAUUGAAAUAGGAACUUUAUUAGAGUAUCAAUUUUAAAGACUUAGAACUUAAAUGUUCAGGUUUGUUAGCUUCGGAAUUACGUAACUUUAUUAAGUCAAAAGAACUAAUUUAAUUAAUUUGAUAAGAUAUAAAUAAAAGGUUUUUAAGAAAUUUCAAAUUUUAAGGACUCAAUAAUUUUUAAUAAUUCUUUAUCGACACUAUCAUAAUGUAUAAAAUUUUAUAGAAAUAUAGUCAUUUUAACUAUAGAAAAUUCAUGAUUGA